UUGAUGAAGGUGUGUGUUAAAAGUUGGUUCACCUGCUUUCUCAACAUAUAAUACCUAUAUUAUUUGCAGUUACACGUUGAGACAUGAGAGACAUCUCUAUCAAAGGAAGAUUGAUCGGACGAGGAGACUGAGAAAAGGACCAAAAACGACGGCACAUUCAUUCAAACUUGCACGCUAACGCCUGUAUUUUAUACGGUCCCGUAUACGUAUGCGUAUACGUUCCUCUGUAACAUAAACAAACGAAGAAGAUGAAAUUAUAAGGAAAGAGUUUAAGAAAUGGAGGGUGUUUUCUUAAAAUUGUCGGUGCGAGGAGUAUCUCCGAUGAUUCCGGUGGGACCUUCCUUGAUUCGCGCCAUCGGAGGCUCUGUGGAAGAGGACAAAUCAACGGCUGGAUCUCUGCCUAUGAAGAAAACGGUGUCGCGUCGUCGUCGUCGUCCGCUUGAGUUUCUUAGGAUCGGUAACAGAGAGGAGAAGGGAACUGUAAGAGACGACGCCGCCGUUUUGUUGGAGAGACAGGAUCCGAACGUUAACGAAAACUGGGUUUUUAAGAUUUUGGAGGUUGGAUCAAUCUGGAAUGGGAAGAGACAACGAUCAGGAGGCGGUGGAAAAGACGACGAUGACGAGGAAGUUGUUGAAUCGAACAAGAGUAAGGAAGAUUUGUGUGAGGAAUGCGAUUUCUGCAGGAUCAGUGAUGAUGAUGAAGAGAAGGACGAUACUGUGUUUGGAAGAGAAGAGUUCUCGGAGAUGUUAAGCAAAAUUCCUGUUAAAGAUGCACAGAUGUUUGCCAAAUUGUCGUUUUUGGGAAAUUUGGCUUAUUCGAUCCCUAAGAUUAAGCCUGAGAAUCUGUUGAAAUAUCAGAAACUGAGAUUCGUGACUUCCUCAAUUGAGAAGAGAACGAGUCUUAGGGUUGAGGAGAACAACAUUAGUGGCGAGGAAGUGGAGGAGGAGGAGAAGAAGCUUAUUAACCCAGCUGUUGCUUACAGGGUUGCUGCUUCUGCUGCAUCUCGUCUCUUUUCCCAUUCUAAGUCUGUGCUUCCUUUUGGAUCCUCUAAACGUCAAGACAGUGAAGCUUCUCUCUUGGCCACUGCUGAUUCGGUUACUGCAGUCGUCGCAGCAAAAGAGGAAGUUAAGCAGGCAGUCGCAGAUGAUCUCAAAUCAAACCGUUCACCGCCUUGUGAAUGGUUUGUAUGCGAUGAUGAUAAAAGUGGCACCAGGUUCUUCUUUAUUCAGGGAUCAGAUUCACUGGCCUCGUGGCAAGCUAACCUUUUGUUCGAGCCAGUUCCAUUUGAGGAGCUUGAUGUGCUUGUUCACAGAGGCAUAUACGAAGCUGCAAAAGGAAUAUACGAACAAAUGUUACCAGAAGUUCACGCCCACCUCAAUUCCCGUGGCAAGAACCGUGCUUUUCUUAGGUUUAGUGGACAUUCUUUAGGAGGAAGCUUGUCACUGCUUGUGAACCUCAUGCUUCUGAUCAGAGGUCAAGUCCCGGCUUCUGCUCUGCUCCCUGUGAUCACUUUUGGUUCACCUUGCAUCAUGUGCGGAGGGGAUAGGCUUCUUCAGAAACUUGGUUUGCCUAAGAGUCAUCUUCUCGGAAUCUCAAUGCAUAGAGAUAUUGUUCCCCGAGCAUUCUCCUGCAACUACCCUAACCGAGCCGCAAAGCUUCUAAAGGCAUUGAAUGGAAACUUUCGAAACCAUCCUUGUCUGAAUAACCAGAAUUUGUUGUAUUCUCCAAUGGGGAAGCUUCUAAUUCUGCAACCAUCCGAGAGAUUCUCUCCACCACACCCCCUGCUUCCUCCCGGAGGUGGUCUGUAUCUCUUAGCAUCUAAGAAUACCGACGAAACAGAAAAAAGACUCAGAGCUGCAAAGAUUGUCUUCUUUAACUCACCACACCCCCUAGAGAUUCUCAGUGAUCGUCGUUCUUACGGGUCAGAAGGGAAAAUCAAAAGAAACCAUGACAUGAGCUCUUACCUGAAGGCCUUGAGACAUGUGGUCCGGAAGGAGCUGAAGCAGAUAAAGGCUGAGCAGGAUCAAUGGAGGCGCAAGUUCUUAAUUAUAAACAUUUUAUUUAGUGGGAGAGAUUCUUUGAAACUCUUAACAAGAUUUGUCGCAUCAAGGAGUAGUCAACUAGUGAUCAUCUUCUUUCUCCCUAUUAGAUUGUUAAUUAUGAGUGUCUAUGGUGUGGUCUUUCACCAUUCACAAACACAUUUUAGUUUCUUUAAGUGAAGCUUAGAGGCCUAUUCUGUAAUAGAAUCCAUCACACAUCAAUUAUUUUCAGA